GAGAGUAAGUCGAGCGUUCUCCUUCAAUAAAACACCAGGUAGAUUACGAAGGGCUAUAUCUGGUAUAUCACAAGGGUUGAGUCAAGGUAUCAGUCCAUUUGUACGUCAUACACCUGGUGAUCUACGAGGUCGAAGGUUAGCCACUGGUAGUACUUUUGAUUUAACUGAUUCAUCACCAAUAGGAUCAAGUCAUUUUGAUGAUGAUGGUGAUUCUAUUAGCUUAGGAGCUUUUUCUCUACAGGAGGAAGGAUCACCUAUUAGUAAUUUUCAAACGCCUAAAAAAUUAACCAAAUAUAUGACAUUAGGACCUAGUGCUACUAAAAAAUAUAUGUAAUUUAGAUGACUUUUUUAGUAAUAUAUUGUACAGAUGUUCUACUGGUGGACACAGAAUUAUCACAGAAACACUGGUUGUGCCAUAAUCAUUACUGAAUUAUCUCAGACUAUAUAUUUUUAAUAUUUCAUUAUCAUUCAAGAUUUUUACACAUAAAACUUGCUUCCAUGUUCAAUAUUUUUAACUAUAUUUUGAAGCUACAUAGAUGUUCAUACCACGCACUGUGUUCACUCAAUACAAAGAAAUUUCAGACAUUCUGUUAUAAAAAAAACAUUCUCCUCUGUCGAAAUAUCAACAAAAAAAAAUUACAAGAAUUUUAAGACACCAAAAAUUUGUCACAUUAUUUUGUCAGUAAAAGCACCCAGGGCUGUGUUCAAGCAUGUUUUAUUGUGAUUUCUGAAUUUUUCAAUGUUUUAAAGAUGAAACUAAAACUGAUAUAAUUAAAUGCAAACUGCAGCUAAAACUCCAGCUUUAGACUCUACUUUUGCAGCUUAAUUUUUAGUAUUCAUUUCCCUGAGCUUUUCAGUGUAACUUCCUUUAUAGUUAUAUUGAGCAUUGCAACAUUUGUCAUAUAUCCAUAGCUAUUCACAAGUUUUUGUUAAAAUUUUUAAUUCAGUGUAUGUUUUUCUUACCAAAGUAUGGGCAUUUUUUUUUUGACUAGGAGCUUGAUCUAGUAGAAUAAGUUACUAUACCCAACUGCUAGUUUUUUGUAUUUUUAAGUUAUUUUAGUUUGCAAGAUAAUCAUUCAAAUAGAAUAUUUUUCAUGAAAAUAAAACGCUGUGUUCUUUAUAAAAAGCUGGUGAGUUUUAAAAGAAAAUUAUUUGUAUAUUUCUGUGUAUUUAGAUAGUGUAUAUCUUGUCCAUAUCUUGUAUAUUCUGUAGUUUUGUAUAUACAGUUUAUCACAUACAUACAAAAAUCAGUCUUCAGAGUUUAAUUAAGUUCUUCUUGACUUGCUUGGUCGUGAUUACACAAUGUGAGUAAAGUGAUUUGAGUGAUCUUGGAGGCUAAAUAUCACAAUUCUACACAAUUGCUCAAAUGUCAUUGGAAGGGUUGACAUCACAUCUCCCGCAAACAAAUUGAAAAAUCAUUAAUUGACCCUUCCAAACUAUCAAAAUACCUAAAAAUUACUUACUGUAAAAGAAACUAACUUUAAAAUGAUGUUAAUAUGAUGCCUAUAUCUUCAAUGCAAAAAUGAUUAGGCCUAUAGAGUUGUCAGAGGUACUGCUUUUCCCAUUGCCAUUCCCAGAUGGUGAUGAAUUUUUCUUUAACCAUGUCAUUUCAUUUACUGAAGCCGACUGCAAUCUGGCGGUCAUUUUUUAAAAAUGACUCCACCAUUUUGAUUUAUGUUUUAUGUAUUAAUAUUGUAGUUGUGUAUAUUAGUAAAGAUAUCAAUGUAUAAAUAGUUACCAUAAUAAUCACCAUACAAAAUCAUCCUCUAGAAAAUAUAUCACUAUAUUUCAUCUUAUUUAUAUAGAUAUCAUAUCAUACCUUAGUCUUAAUAUUUUCUUUGUGCUAUGUACAAUAUUAGAUCAGAAAAAUUAUAGAAAAAUUGAUUUUG